CACGAGCUGACACACAGGCGGAGUAAAAGUCGCACAAUGAACGCCAGACAACUGCCCAGCGCAGCAGUCUCGCAAUGGCCAACCGUUAGUUUGGAUGGUUACGAUCGCGGCGCAGCACUCAAAUAUCUUUCCUUUUGUUCCACAUGUGUCCCUCAAACAACGUCAGUUGAAAAACUGAAGGAAAACAAACCAGUGCGUCCUGCGAGUUGCUGUGCAUCAUAUCCGAAUAAAUUUGUUUGUGUUUUUUUUGUUCAAAAUGUUCAUUUAUUCCUACCGGCCUCUCCAUUUUCUAGUGUUGGCCGUGACUGUUCCCCUGUCGAUCUACUACUUCGUUUUGAUGAUGAGCGACGUGAACGGGAGAUUGCAGAGGAGAAUGGAGGCGAUCUCGCCGCGGGAAUUGGAAUUAUUCGAGCGCUCGCUGAAAUUUGACGAAAAAAGGAAACCAGGUGAAGGCGAUAAUGAAGUAACUGGGCCGACAACCAUUUCGUGGGACGAUCUGGUGGACGAAGCCAUGCUGAAACCCAUUCUGGAUCUCGACGGGCCGAAGAAAUGGCUUAGAUUGCAAGCAACUGGCCUGAUGUCUUCUGAAAGGAAAUUAGAAAAAAGGAGCAUUAAUGAAGUUGAGAAAAUUCAUUCCAGCGGUACAGCAGCAACAUUCAACCUAAUGGAUGAGGAUUACAAGUCAAAUUUACAUCCGAUUUCUUACAACUGCACAGUCGAAUACGUUAAUGAAAAACGGCUGCAACAGGAUCAUCCUUGCGUGAUCGAUGUCAUUCAACGUCUCUACUUGCAUCAGCCCCACAAAAUGGAUCGUUUGGAUGCCACCUACGUAGCCUCAAAUAAAGAAUCCAUUCAAACUAAUUCUAUUCUUCGAAUUUUAAACAAUCAAGUGCAGUCUGAUGGUUUUUUCGUCGACUACCGCGGUAGUGACAGCGGAGAAUUUCACUCCGACACAUUUUACAUGGAGAAAACCCUUCGGUGGCAGGGUCUACUUAUCGACGGCAGUCGACAAUCGCACCGUAAGCUUCCGGCCGGAAACCGUCAAGUUGACUCACUUCCCAUUUGUCUCAGUCCUGAACCUUUCCCCGUUCAGGUGACUUUUAACUCAACCAAUCAGUCAAAAGUAAUCACCACUCAGUGCUUCCCGCUGUAUUCCGUUUUGCUGGCGGUGAAUCGAACCAAAAUAGAUUUGAUCAGAUUGAGCGCGGAAGGAAUCGAGUUGAAAGUACUUCAAACUGUUCCUUGGGACAAAGUGAAUGUCACGAUCCUUUCCGUCGAAUGGAAUCAUCACGUUCCGGUGGGUGAAGCAGCAGCUAUCAAUCGCUACAUGAAGCGAUGCGGGUUCACCAAAUUUCGUCAAAUUUCAGCAGUGAAUAAUCGCAUUAAAAAUAGUAAAAUCAACAAUUACAUUAACACCAACUUUUUCAAGAGCGUUCAUCACCUCCAGUCCUUAUAGUUUUACCAUUUUUUUAAGUAUUUUAAGUUAUUGAUGCACUUGGUCAAAAUAUCAAAAAUUAAU